AUGAUUGAUUUAGAUGCAAAGGUCACACCUCUAGAGGAAGUAGAGGUAGUUAAGGAGUUCCUAGACGUCUUUCUAGAUGAUCUGACCCAGCUACCACCUGACAGGGAGCUGAAAUUUGCUAUAGAUCUGAUCCCUAGAGCUACCCCGAUGUCAAAGGCUUCAUACAGAAUGACACCAGUAGAAUUGAAAGAGUUGCAAUAUCACCCAGGGAAGGCCAAUAUAAUGGCUAAUGCAUUAAGCUGGAAGGCUGAAACUGUGUCACUUUCCUAUCUAGCUGUCAGCCCAGAGCUCGUACAGGAGGUGAUGUUAAUAGAUGAAAUCCUCUUGUAUGAGGGAGCGACCUUAGAAUUAGAACACCAGGCAAAAGAUGUUCAACAAUUGACUGUGUCCUUGGCGGCUCUACAGGUGGAGAAAGGGUUGAAAGGUCUGGAGGUUCAGUGGCAAACGACUGUGGUUUCCACUGGAAUUGUUGCCGCAGCAGCGGGUUUACCAUAUCUCUGCUACACCAGGCGCGAAGGUAGGGAGAAAAAGAGGAAAAAAAGAUUCUCUGAUUUUUUUGCUGGGUUAAAGGUGAGGGUUUCAUGUUUUGAUGACUCUGAUUUUGCUGGGUUAAAGAAAUGUGCUACGAAGGGUGGACCAGAAUUCUUCUUCAUUGUAAACAUACAGGUACCUGGUUCAACUACAUAUAGCCCUGCAUUGCAUUACAUGAUGAGCACUCCUAUAGAAGAAAGUCCCUUGCUUGAUAGCUUUAUCAAAGGAGACGAUUCAUAUAGGAACUCAAGGUUUAAGCUCAUACCAUACAUUUCCAAGCUUGGGAUCGACAUUGGCUCAUCCACAGUUGCAAGAGGUUUGGUUAGUCUUGUUCUUGGAUACCUAAACAAUCUGGUAAUAGAAAUGGCAUUUCUGAUACAGGUGAGACAACUGUGCCUUAAUACUGUGACAAAGAAAUUCGUUGGUUCUUCAUUUUGGUGCAAUGAAGUUCAGGCUAAUUAAGAGAGGUGGAAUUGCAAAAGAUGACACUUCAAUGUGGACAACAACAAAUGUAGUUUUUUUUUUUUUUUUUUUUU